AUGUUCACUUGUAUUGGUGAAUCACUCGAUCUACAUUGCCUAGCAUUCGUUUCAUCCAGACUCUAUAAUGUUGGCAAAUCAUUCUUGGACAUUGGCAACAAGACAACAGAUGAACAACAACAACAACAACAACAACAACAAUCACGCAAAACAUUGGAAUUGCCUAUCAUACCAGGCUACCUCCCCUCAACACUCCAAGUACUCAACAUAACUCAACGAUCACCUCAUCAACUUGAGCCGGGCUCACUUCCAGCAUCGCUAUCAACCCUUACAAUCAAUUACAUUGGUGUCAGCAUACUUCAACCUGGUUCUCUACCAGCUUCUCUAACAAAGUUAAAGCUUGAGAACUUUAAUCAAGUUAUCUUGCAUGGUGUCCUCCCUCAAGGUCUAAUCAGUCUGUGGACGGGCAAUGACUUUGAUAAGCCACUUCACGCAGGAGUACUACCUGCAUCCCUUCAAUAUCUUCACCUUGGAGAGUCAUUCAAUCAACAAAUUGUACCAGGUACCUUUGGACAGUCUCUUAUCAAGCUCUACUUUGGUGACUCGUUCAAUCAGAUACUUCAUCUUCGUACCCUUCCCCCAUAUCUACAAUCAUUGACCCUUGGAGAGGACUACGAGCAACCCUUCAUUCCCGGGGCAUUACCAUCAUCACUCACACGUUUGAUCGCUGGACAAUCAUACAACCAAGAGUUGUCGCCAGGACUUCUUCCAUCAUCCAUUCAAUACCUAUCGUUGGGUGAUUGUUUCGAUCAGAUCAUCCAAGCGGACACACUUCCCAGUAGUCUGACAGAGUUGAUCUUUCCAUCAUUCUACAACAUACCUUUUGAUGUUGCAGUACUUCCAUCAUCGCUCCAGACAUUGGAAUUAGGCGACCAUUUCAAUCAACCCUUUGGGGUUGGGGUCUUGCCUCAAUCACUCUACAAGCUAAUCCUUGGAAUGAAGUUUGAUCAAGAGUUGCUAUCAGAUCAACUACCAUCCAGUCUCACCUACCUUUCAUUUGGCAGAAACUUCAACCAACCAAUCACUCCAGGGUCCUUGCCAACCAGCCUAACCACUCUAAAGCUUGGCUCGCGAUUUAAUCAACAACUCGCACCAGGCGCGUUACCACCAUCACUCACCAGCCUAAAGCUGGGGCGUGCAUUCGAUCAACCGCUCACCUCCUGGAUGAUACCCUCCUCACUCGCCCACCUGAAGCUGUACUUGUUCAAAGCCAAUGUAGACUCGCUCCCAAAGUCCUUGAUCAGUCUGCGAGUAUAUGAUGUCGACAAGCAGACACUCACGCCAGGAAUGCUUCCAUCGCAGCUCAAAGAGCUGGAGCUCGGGCUGGUGGGCAAACUGCAAGUGUGUUCGGGUGCCCUGCCAGACUCGCUCGAGAAACUGAUCGUGCCAAGCAACUACCAACAGCCAGUGCCAGACAGUUUGCGACAUAUGUAUAUCAAGGUUGACCAAAAGAUUCCUGGCAACAUGCUACAAUCAUUCUCUGUCAGGUAUCCAUAUGUCACCAACUAUCACUUCAUCAGAGUGUCCAACAGAGAAUACCAAUGCGCUCGAAUAAUCGAUCCAAAGACUGUCCUUCUUCAAGUUGAUGGUAAACCUGCCUACAUCAAGAACAUCAAUGACCUUACUUGUACUCCAUGUUGGUCAACAUAA